GCCGGUACGGCUGGUCGCUUUCCGCUUCGCAGCGCCCCAUUUGACGGUUGUCGCUCGCUGUCGUGGCGCUCGCCGCAUUUGACGGUUCUCUUGUCGCUCGCUGCAGUGGCGCUGCAGAGUGCAGCAUGGUUCUCGUGGUUUGGUGGAGUGCAGUGCUGUGCUGCGUGUGAGUGAAGUGCCGAAGCACCGCCACCAUGAGGAAGCCGCGCGGACGCCCCGCCGGCCUGGACGUCGAGGACGGCACGCCGGUCCUACGCGUGCUGUCCUUCUCCUACAAGUCCAAGGCGGACGCCUUCGGAGACUCCAACGGCCCCGGCGUGUUCCGUCGCCUCUCCGACGACGUGGGUGCCGUGGCCGCGACGCCGCGGCCCUCGCGACCCUCGCAGCACGCCGCGUCCCCCGGCAACACGUUCCUGGCUCCCUUCGCCAGCUCCACGCCGAAGCAGCCGGCGGGACUGGCGCGGACGGCCAGCACCGCGUCGGCGCUCCCCAAGCACCCCAAGCACCAGGACGGCGUCUUGGCGUCGGCGCGCAGGCCGGGCGUCGGCGGCGCGGCGGCCGUGUCCAGGAGCAAGUCCGCCGUGACGCCCAGCGCUCUGGCGGCGACGCCGUGA